AUAAACCCUAAGAAUUCACUCUACGAGAGUUUAUGAUGAUGUGAAGUGUAUCUGCCACUUCUCUUUCAUUCAUUUAUUGAUUUACCAGAAGAAUAAUAGUAGAGCGAAAGGAAGAAAUGCUUCAUCUUCAUCAUCACCAUUAUCAUCAUCGUCUUCUUCUUCUCUCCUGUUCCUCGAACAUCUUCAUGGCUUCCAAAUACUUCUUAAGACCUGCACCUCAUAAUCCUCCUCAUACUCUCUUACCAACCAUAUCUUUUUUCUCUACGAACCAACUUCGUCCAUUACAGCAGCAACAACAACAUUAUAAUUUCUCACCAAAACCCAUUUCAAUUUCUCUCAAUUUAUCAAACCAAAACUCUAGGUUUUCUACUUCUGCUGCUGUCUCUAAUCUAGUACCAGUUGAAGAACAGUCUAGUGAGGAAGAGGUAACCAAAAAUAGGUUGACAUUGAAGCAGCAAUUAGAGAAAAUGGGGAUUUCUUGUAAUUGCAAGCCUGGCACUUAUAGUCGUUUGAGAUGUCAUCAGUGUGGUGGUGGAGAUACUAUGGAGAAGUCCUUGUCUGUUUUCAUUACAGCUGAUGGAAGUACAGCUUUGUGGAAUUGCUUCAGAGCAAAAUGUGGAGCAAAUGGCAAUAUUAAGGCCUCUGGAAAUGGCCGGGCAUCGUCUGCCAAGGUUUCUCCCCGUAUUGAAACAAGUAAAACCAAAAGACACAUUACAGAAGAGAGCAUUGGUCUCGAACCAUUAAGUGAGGAGCUAAUUGCUUACUUCGCUGAAAGAAUGAUAUCCGCAGAAACUCUUCGGAGGAAUUCUGUUAUGCAAAAGCCUGGUGACGAGGUCGCAAUCGCUUUUACGUAUAAACGAAAUGGAGAGCUUAUAAGCUGCAAGUACCGAGACAUAAACAAACGUUUUUGGCAGGAGAAGGAGACUGAAAAAGUACUUUAUGGACUGGAUGACAUAAAAGGUGCCACUGAUAUUAUAAUUGUUGAGGGUGAAAUUGAUAAGCUUUCCAUGGAAGAAGCUGGGUUUCGUAAUUGUGUGAGUGUUCCUGAUGGAGCACCUUGCAAGGUGUCUGAUAAAGAUAUACCCCCUGAAGAUGAGGACAAAAAGUACAAGUACUUGUGGAAUUGCAAAGAAUAUCUUGACAAGGCAUCUCGCAUUAUUUUGGCAACUGAUGCAGAUCAACCUGGGCAAGCCUUAGCAGAAGAACUUGCACGUCGUCUUGGAAAAGAAAGAUGUUGGCGAGUCAGAUGGCCAAAGAAAAAUAAUGCUGACGUUUGUAAAGAUGCAAAUGAGGUGCUCAUGUGUCUGGGAUCACAUGCACUGAGGAAAGUGAUUGACCAGGCUGAAUUAUAUCCCAUACGUGGUUUGUUCACCUUCAGAGAUUUCUUCGACGAGAUUGAUGCAUACUAUCAUUGCAGUAUGGGCUAUGAACUUGGAGUGUCGACUGGGUGGAGAGGUCUCGAUGAUUUUUACAAAAUUGUUCCUGGAGAAUUGACGGUAGUUACCGGAGUUCCAAAUUCAGGCAAGAGUGAAUGGAUUGAUGCUCUUUUAUGCAAUAUUAAUGAAAAAGAAGGAUGGAAGUUUGCACUUUGCUCAAUGGAGAACAAGGUUCGGGAGCAUGCUAGGAAACUUUUGGAGAAGCAUACAAAAAGGCCGUUCUUUGGUGCUAGCUACGCAGAAUCCGUUGAGCGAAUGAGUCCUGAAGAGUUAGAAGAAGGGAAGAAAUGGCUCAGCAAUACUUUUCAUCUCAUAAGAUGCGAGGAUGAUUCCCUUCCUUCAGUUAAAUGGGUUCUUGAGCUAGCCAAAGCUGCAGUCCUCAGGUAUGGGGUCCGUGGACUUGUGAUCGAUCCAUACAAUGAGCUAGAUCAUCAGCGCCCUCCAAACCAGACCGAAACGGAGUAUGUGAGUCAGAUGCUUACGAAGAUCAAACGUUUCGCUCAGCAUCAUUCAUGUCAUGUCUGGUUUGUAGCGCAUCCAAGACAGUUACAUCAGUGGGUUGGUGGACCCCCUAAUCUUUACGAUAUCAGUGGAAGUGCACACUUCAUUAACAAAUGUGACAAUGGAAUUGUUGUUCACCGUAACCGGGAUGCUGAGCGAGGUCCAGUGGACCAAGUAGAGAUAUAUGUUCGCAAAGUACGGAAUAAAGUUGUAGGGAAGAUUGGGGAUGCUAAAUUAUCUUAUGACAGGGUCACGGGUACAUUUCAGGAUCCUGACGACCGAUGCCGAGUUUGAAUUCGUCAGAUGGUAUACAUAAAUAUAAAAUAUGUAAAAUAGCACAAUUUCUGUUAAAUCUUAAUGUUCCAAGCGCAGUUCCAAUUUUGGUUCAUUUCCUCAACAAGCAAGGUGUUCUAUAAUUUUGUCAAAAAUGAAUCUAGCUGUAUUUGAACACCUUCACAUCAAUCCAGAAAAGAAAAAGAAAAAUAUAGCAGUAUUGUUUA